CUCUGUCCACCACCGCCAUGCCCGCCUACCACUCCGCCUUCAACCACGACACCAACGCCCGCCAAGUCGGCAACACCGCCAUCCUCCCUAUCACAACAAAGAUCAGAGGGCCAGCUCCCAUAUCUUCUACCCCCGGGAAACCUGAUAUCAUCGAUGAGGCUCUGGACUUGUUCAGAGCCAACUGUCUCUUCCGUAACUUUGAGAUCAAGGGACCCGCGGACCGUCUCUUAAUCUACCUCAUUCUCUUCAUUUCGGAAUGUCUCACCAAGCUUGCCCCCACCGCUGGCAGACCAUCCCCGUCUUACCAAGAAGCCACCAAGGUCCUUCAGACCCUUGCUGUCGACAACUUUUCUCUACCAGGAGAAGCCGGCUUCCCUUUGAAUAGCUUGUACCAUGCUCCUGCCUCUAGAGUCGACGCAGACCAUUUCCGAUCAUAUCUCACUCAGACCAGGACUGAGCUUGUUCUCCGCCUUUGUGAUAGGCUCUAUCCUCAUGAGCAGGCUCUCGGCCCUGAUGGCGCACCUACAGGCCAACUGGGUCCCAGGGCUACCAAGCCAAGCAAGUGGUGGAUGUCUUUCCAAAAGAGGCGGUGAGUCACAAAUCGUAACAUGACUGAAACUUGCCUGACGCGUACCCCAAGAUUCAUGGGAAGGUCCCUCGGUGUCUAGUCUGAUCGUUUUGCCUUCAGGACUCGGUCAUGAGAGUAGAAACAGAGAAAGGAUUCCACAGCGCUGUGGGGCAUUGACGAUAUUCAAAGGAUACCACAGUGACUCGAGUUGUCAUGCAAGAAUUGUAAGGAUUCGUCAAACGUGUUUAGCGGAAUGUGCGUCAAGACUCGAG